GGUUCGCAGGAGAGCUUCUGUAAAGUUUGGAAGUUAGGAGACGAGGUACUGGCAGAAGUACAGCUGUGAGGAUGAAGUGUGUGUCAUGCUUGGGUAGCUGAAAUGGUAGAGCACUUGUCCGCGAAAGUGUACUGGCCUGAUGAAACAAAAAUGUCAUCCACUGAAGAAAGUAUAUUUGAUGAAACAUUUGACAUAAACUGCAUAGAUAACAACCAGAGAACAGAUUAUCUAUACAAAUGUAACACUUGUUGUAAGCUGUACAAAUCUCAAAGAAGUUUGGUGAGGCAUAUCAGAUAUGAGUGUGGACAACCACCUCAAUUCCAUUGUCCUUACUGCACUGAAAAAAGUCAUCGCAAGUAUAAUUUAGAAGUCCACAUUAAACUGUACUGGCAUGAUGAAACACAGAUGUCAUCUACUGAAGUAAUUGCAUUUGACCAAAGAUUUGGCACAAACUCUGCAGAUAACAACCAGAGGACAGAUCUUUACAUAUGCCAUAUGUGUUGUAAAACCUACAAAUUGCAGAGUUCUUUGGUGAGGCAUAUUAAAUAUGAGUGUGGAAAACCACCUCAGUUUCACUGUCCUUACUGCACUGAAAAAAGUCAUCACAAAUAUAAUUUAGAAGUGCAUAUUAAACGGAAACAUAAACAGGUACAAGAGUCACUAGUACUGAUGUGAAAUGAACUGGUCAUAAUAGACAUUGUUAAGUUUGAAUUUAAAAGUGAACAAUUCAUUAUUGGUGCUCCAAAGUAAUCAGUCAUUGAACAGUUGAGAAGUAUUAUUUAAUAUCACUUGCUAUAUGACUGGUGAGUGGUUUUGCACUUUGUAAAUUGUAUGCAUUCUUUAAAGGAUGUAUAAUGGUACAAAAAGUUUCCAGAUUCUUUAUGUAUGUUGUCCGCAAUAAAAUUUUCCUGAAGGAUGUUUGAAUGAUU